UCUCUACACACCUUUCCGGCGCGGAUUUUUUUUCAAUCAUGAGCCGUCCUGCGCAUCGCGGGUGAUUGUGAUGGAAGGAUGGGUCAAAUGAGACGUUGAACUGAUCCCUGGGCAUCGGCCCUUCCCAAAGCGAAAACUCUGAGCAUUGCAGCUCCUUAGAGAGAAGAUCACCUCCAGCAUGACAAUAAGAAAUAAUUUCUGUGGAAGAGCAGGAGUUUAAAGAUGAUGCGUGGGGCAGAAGGACACCCUGUACAUUACUUCUAUCCCCGACGUGUGAAAGUGGGAGUCUGUCCCUAGUGGCAUUUACUCAUCGUUGCCAUGACAACGGGUGACUGCUGUCAUCUCCCUGGUUCUCUCUGUGACUGUGCAGCCAGUGCUGCCUUUUCUAAGACGGUAGCAACAGCGGAUGUGGGUCGGCCUCAAUACAUCACGCAAGUGACAGCAAAAAAUGGCCGUCUCCUAUCAACUGUGGUGAAGGCUCUAAGUACACAGAGUGAUGGACCAAUCUGCCGGAUAUGUCAUGAGGGCAACAACCUGGAAAUUUUGCUUUCACCUUGUGGUUGCACUGGAACACUUGGAGCAGUUCACAAAACCUGCCUAGAGCGAUGGCUUUCAUCUUCUAAUACCAGCUUCUGUGAACUAUGCCAGACUGAGUUUCUGGUUGAGCGAAAGCCUAGACCUUUGAGGGAGUGGCUGAGAGAUCCAGGUCCAAGGAAUGAGAAGAGGACAUUGUUUUGUGACAUGAUUUGCUUUCUUUUCAUCACUCCAUUAGCAGCAAUCUCUGGCUGGCUUUGCUUGCGAGGGGCACAGGAUCAUCUACAAUUCAACAGCCGUCUAGAAGCAGUUGGACUUAUUGCACUCACUGUGGCACUUUUUACCAUCUAUGUCCUGUGGACACUGGUUUCAUUCCGCUAUCACUGCCAGCUUUACUCAGAAUGGCGAAGGACAAACCAAAAAGUCCAAUUGAUGGCUGCAGACCAGAAGAAUAUCGCUCAACAUUCUCUCCUCUCUUCAAAACUUGUGAGGAAGGAUUCUAGUGAAACAAUUGUGUAAAUUCAUUGACACAGAGAACCUUAAAGAAAUGACAAUUCAUAAAGUCUACAGUCCUUGAAAUGUGCUUUCUAAUCUCAGCAAGGAAUGACAAAACAACAACAACUUGUUUAAUUUCAUGGAAUUCACAUGACGCAAACUUCAUUUGCAACACUCUCAGGAGACAGUAUAUAUGCAGCCUGCAUCUAAAUGCAUUCCCAAUAAAGAGUGGGGUUUUGAAACUUCAUAUUAGCUCCACUCAUUUGGAUAGUAUUGUUAAUCCAUUGUAAGAUUGAAAUUUAUGGAAUGGGACCGUUGAAAUUUGAAUUUAGACAAUCAUUUGUUUUACCAUGCUUAGAAAAUGACUUAAGGUUACAACGUGUUGAACUGCUUUUAUUUUGAGAGAUAUGGCUUCGGCAUUGCACAGUAGCCAGUUAUUGGGUCGGUCAGCACUAACUAAAGUACGUUUGGAGAUCUUUAUUUCUUGUGAAUGUUGUUUAUAAAUGAAGUGACAAAACAGAAAUCUGAGCCCUGGAGGAAAUCAGAAAGUUUAAAUGCAGUUGCUGAGUUUUGAAUUGUAGAUGUUUGGAAUUUCCACAUUUGAAAAGAAUCUGCUGAAGUAUUUCUUGUAUACAGGAUGUGAUGCUGGUCUCAUAUCAGUGAUUUGCAACAAAUUGACACACUCUAACACUAUUAUGGCAUUGAUUUUUGGGAAGCUUUGUGCUUGCUUUACUAAAUGACACUUCUGAGCACCAAAAAAUCUGCAUGUUUUUCAAGAUCACUCACUUGUGAUACAGUUAGUAACACUGCAGUCAGCUUUCAGCACUCAUAGUAUAUAGUCAGAGAAUUUCACUAAAUGGAAUACCUUCUGAGGUCAAAUUUGCAAUAUUGAAGCAGAAUAAUGUUUUCCAAAUGGGAUAAGAGGAAGUAAAAAUGUUCCCAAUGGAAAAUCGGAGCUAUGGUACUCAUUAACAAGAGAGGGAAGUCUAGAAAACUGUUAUUCAAUAUCUUUUGUAUAGUAGAAGAUUUGAAUCUUUGCUGUAUAAUCUAAUCUUAAUGUGGUUUGGGCUUUGGUAUAGAAUGAGUUAGGGAAUGAAGAAAUUUCUUCAUCAAACAUGCCUUUAUGUUUCAUUGGUUAAUGUUUGUUAGGGCUCUUUUGUAUAUUAAAGCUAGGACGUUGCAUCUCCCAUUAUGUCUUUCCAUAAUCAUUUGGUGAGUCAGGCAGCUAAAGAACACUAUAUAAUAUAUGAUUACAGCAGCUAGUAUUAAAACUUAGUUUUCAAUGAAUAUACCACUUACUAUAGUUUUGUCAUAGAAUACCUGAUGCACAUUUUAAAUUUACUUUUGUGAAGUUCCAAAAAUUAUCUAAACUUUGAACACAAGCUUAAGGAGACUGAAAAAUAUAUGAUAAAUUUUGUUCAACAGUUUUCAUUUAUCUUUUAGAUUCCAGAACUAAAAUGAAUAGUAGUGUACCAGAGAACACCAGUAUUGAUAAAACUCUACAGCACUCUUCAUCUCUCAUUUCACGUUCGUGUCUGUGUUUUGUAAAUUAUUUGUAUUUACGACAAGUUAUUGGUGAUACAGUGUUAAAGAGUAGAAAAUUGAACACAUGUUAUGGACCUCACACCUCACCUUUUAAUUAUCUUUCAAAGUUGUUGAUCAUUCAUAAAAUAUUAAAUAAAUGCAUUUAUGAUGCUAUCAGUUUAAAACACUUGCAGAAAAACAAGUGUUAGGUAAGAAGAUAACCUGUUGUCCCAUUGGAAAUGCACUUUUAGGUUUUAAGCAUUAUGGCCUUAUUUUUUAUGUAGUAAUGUUUCAUUUUAUUCAGAAUACAAAUGUGCUUUUAUUUUAAACCAAUUUUUCAAAUGAUGAAUUGAACCUAGUGGAUAUAUCUUCAUUGAAUUAGAGUGGUAAUGAGAGCAUAAAAAGGAGCUUUUUUAUUGGAAAUUCUGGUUUUCAUCUAUUUAUAACUUUUAAAAUUUUAACUAAUAAAGUAAAUUUAAUUGAAUUGAUCACUAAUAUUUCAAAAAUAGUCUUAUCACAUUCUUUUAAUAUCCCAAAACAUUUCACAACCACAACUAUUGGAUUACUGUUUCAUUGAAGAAUUUUCAUUAUUAUUCUUGUAAUCAAAGUGAUCAGCAUGUGUUUGCUGAACAAUCUGUAUGAUGCUGAGAUAGAUCCUAAGAUGUGCUGGGUCACACCGUUACUCAUGUAACCUGGGGUCAUUGGGUGUUUCAACAUUAUACACCCUUGGCCAGGCGAUCUGUUCAAGGUUGAUCCGGUCCUGGCUUGUGUCCCAGCAACAUUGGUUCACAGGUCACACCUCUUGAUCCAUAGCCAUUUAGAGCAGCAUCCUUGACAGUCCUGAUGGCUCUUCUGUUUGCAGCUACAGUAAUGUUAAGGAGAGAGUAUGCUUUGCAGAGUGAGCAGCCAGCAAAAUCUCUACACCCCACCUCUACAGGCUUGUAACAUGCCCUCCACCCCUGAAUCUGACAUUGCUCUACCAGCUCCUGGUAUUUGGCCUUCUUACACUCAAAUGUCUCUUCAAUCUGGUCUUCCCAAAGCACCUGCUUUGAGGUUUCUUUCAGAAUGACCAUGUCAGACCUCAGUGAAGAUGCUGUGAUGAAGUCAGGGAACUUUAAUUGCUUGCCAAGAUUAAUUAUUGGUUGCCAGUUAAACACCAUGAUGAGCAAGCUCGCAGGUGAUCUGGGCUGAGGCUAUGGUUGGUCUCCAGCUUUGACAAAGGCUUUGGGCUUUCUGAAUUGGCAGAGGUGCAUGGCUGAGGAGAUAUUUUCUGCCGCUGCCUUCAACACCUGGUCAUAGCACCAGCAGUAGCGACCUUCUCCCAGGGCUUUUGGACAGUUGCUGGGGAUGUGUUCCAGGGCCUCUCUUCCAGGACAGAGAGGACAUGAUGGUGCCCUGCUUUUGCCUCAAGCAAAAUAGUUCAGUGCACUAGGCGGGACGUUGUAUACAGCCUGGAUCAUGAACUUAAUGCAAUGGGGUUCUGCCUGCCAAAGAUUGGAACAGAAGAUGUUCCGCUUCAGCGCACCAUCCCACCUUGUCCAAGCUCUCUGCUGCCCCAUUUGGGUGGUACAGACUUCCUCAAUAGCUGUUCACACCUCUUCCUGGACCAGUUUGCGUCUGUCCCUGCCCUAGGCCCUGUUGAAGCUUCCUAGCCCCGUAUGACCAGAUGUCACUAUCCCUAACAGACAGUGUAUAAAGGUGUAGAAACAGCAAUGCAAAAUAAAGGAGUGCUGCGAACUAUGUUGGUUAUUGUUGAAGAGACUGUGAAAGCCACAUGCUCGUUUAGUGUAUUUUAUAUUUGAUGGAACAGAGAAACAGUGGUUUAUUAUGUUAUCUAAACAAGACUGAGUAGCUUCAGUCAGUAUAACAUCUGAAGUAUCAGACUAGAAUGUACAAGUUAAGGGUUAGAUGGGGUAAGAUUGGCACAUCUCACUUCAUAACUCUAACUCUGAGUUAAGCAUUUAAUUAAGAAAAGUUUGUAAUAUUUUACUUUCUUAAAUUGAACCUUUUUAUUUGAGCUUAUUCUAGUUUAUGAAUAAAAUCACAGUAUUAUCAGCAUUGGAAAGAACUUCCCCAUUGUUUGUUACUUGAAUAAGUUUGAAAACAGUAGAAGCUUACCUGGUUUAUGGUAAUAUCAACUAUGAAAGGAACAGUGGUGUGCAACAGCCUUUCUUCUGGUAAUAUACAGAAUCUUAGCAAUAUAAUCUGUUAAUGAUGUUUUUGAACACUUAAUGCUUGAAAAGCUAUUAUUUUACUGCCUAAUGACUCAAAGAAAUUUUGCCGAUUUGGGUAAUGUGUAUAUCUCAUUGUCGGUACUCUAUAAGCAUCUCUCUGAGGAGUUUAGAUAUAAAACUGUAGAAUUAAGUUGAAUUUCCUUGAAAUUUCUGAUAUUGCUUUACUUUGAGCUUUAAUUUGUUUACUUUAAUUCCCUUUCAGUAAUUUUUGUGUGCUGACUAAACAUGUUUUAUUCUAUAGAUUUUUCUUGGUAGCUUUUAAUAGUGUCCAUAGAAUUGUAUUCAUAUGUGCUACAGACAUAGUUUUUUUUAAUUUUUGCUUAAAGGCAUAGAAAUUACAAAAUGUAACCAAGUUGCUGCCCUUUGAAUCUUUCAGUUAAUUGUUCACCAAGUUAAAAGUGAAUCAGGAUUGGAAUUCUGCUUUUUUUGCUGCAGAUUCUUAACAUUUGAUCUGCACUUUUAAAAAAAUAUUUAAUCUUCGUCCAAAGCUGGUUUUCAAAGUGUUUAUAUAUGCAUUAAUAGAUGUACUCAUUCCAUUGGGUUUAUUUUUGAGGUGUUGAUUGAAAUGUGGAGAUGUAGUGAAUUGGUUGGACACUCAAUGUACUUGGUUGAAUAUAAAGUUAGCAAAAAUUCAAGGAAUGUUACAUGGUUCAGGGAAAUUACGGUGGGAGAUGAUGAAUGAAUUCCUGAUCUGAUGCUAGUAAUGUGGUCAUGGUAUUAAACAAGUAUCCAGUGAUCCCAAUGCCAAGAAGGGAAGGGAUAUCAAUUAAGUUUCCUGUUCCUGAUCAUCGUCAACUGACUUCUGUUGCUCAGUGCACAUUUAUUGAUAUCUUGGUGAAAAAAGAUGGGCUAGCCCUUAUACAAUAAAAUAAUUCUUUGUUUGUAUUCUAAAGGAUAGCUGCAUGUUAAUGUAUCAAAUGUUGACCAACAACCCCUGAAUCCUUGGCCCAGCCAGAGUUAGGAAACUGAUCCAUUUUUGAAUUAUCAAGUAUUUUAAGAAUAACCAUUGACUAAAUUGGCAUUGUGGCAAAAAUCACUCUCAAAAUUGUAGAAAUGUAGCUGAGAUGUAUUUUUCAUAGUUGCACAAAAUUUGGAUUAAUAGAUGUGGAAAGAUAACAAAAGAUUGUACUCUAGUUGUUAAACUGAGACUCUUUUCCGUCUGAAAAUGGAACAGAACUCUAAUUUUACAUAAAAUACUGUACCAAUUUACUUUAAAGAUCCUCCAUUUGGAUCUUCAGCUAAUACAUUUUUAUUUAUUGUUUUUCAAAGUUUUAAAAUGUCUUAAUUGAUGCGUAGAUAUUUAUGACAGGAUUUUCAAAACUCUAAUUUUGUUCCCAGAGCCCUGGUCUCAUGCUCUGUUUUUCUUCAUUGAUUGGUUGUCAUGAAUUAAAUGGAUUCAAGAAACAGAUUCCACUCUUGACAUUGGUAGAAUUCUUUAUUUUGAUUAUCUAAAUAAAUGUGCCUCACUAUUCUGUGCUAUCUUUCAGACUCAUUGGAGGUAAGUCAGGAGUUAAUGUUUUGGAUGAGAUAAUAAUGCACUGGAAAUCCACAUAUGAAAAUGGUACAGUUUUAUACACUUGACUGUUAGAAUAUUUCUCAAAAUUAAAUCUCCCAAAGAAUAGAAUAGGAGAUGCAAUGUGUUUGCAACCAGUUAAGUGUAAAAGUUAAAAGUUUCUAUUUUAUCUAGAGCAAGAUUACAUACAUGGAUUAAUGGAGCUCAUAAUCUAAAUCAACUACUUAGCAUUUAAAAUUAGUUAUUAUAUGCACUUAGUAGAUUUAUUUGUGCAUGUUUCUAAUUUUUUAGUAUUCCAAAAAUAAGUUUGAUUUCAAAAAAGACACAGCAUCUGGCUGAACCAUGCAGAACAAGAAUUCCAAGUUUGAUCCCACUCCUUACUUAAUCAGUUAAGGUAAAAUAGAAGCUGCCAGUACCUGAAAUAAAAAGAAAAAUGCUGAAAACAUGUGGUAGACAACAUGUCAAUGGGUCUUUGACCUCUAACGUUAACUAUUUCUCUUUUCCACAGAUGCUGCCUGAUCUAAUGAAUGUUUCCAGCAUUUUUAAAUUUUAUUACAGACUUCAGCAACAGUAGUUUUCGACACAAAUGCCUAAAUUGAAAGAGGGCAUUUAUCAUGCUUCAUAACACUGUUCCUGCUUAAUGGCAUGCAUGUAUGUUGCCUGGCUCAGUUCUGUUAUAGUCAAAUAUUUUGCCAGUAGCCUUUGCAGGAGCUCUUGAAUCAAAUCAAUAAUGGGUAUUUGAAUAAGGUACAGGAAGAACAUUACUCGUGGAAAUUAAAGUUACACAGAAAGAGAAAAUAAAAGUAUGAGGCAAAAUCUUUAGUAAGAUCUUUUAUCUUUAAAGCACCUUUGAAUUUGCACAAAGAAAUCAGUAGCUAGAAUCCCAUUGAGGAGUUGUUUGUAUGUUAAUUCAAUCACCAUGAUGCACUGAUUUAUAUCUCCAAUGCAAAGUUUUGGGAAUUAAUCUUUGGAAAAAUUCCCUCUUCUAUAAAUCUCUCUAUCUGAUUAUACCAAAAUAGUACUUGUCACAUUUUAGGAAGGUAAAAGCAUAUUUUAAUCCAUUACUUAGAUGGGCUUUUGUUAGUUCCAUUGAAUGAAGAACAAGACUUGUGGCAAAAGGAGGUUGCCUAAAAAUCCUCUCUAAACCUGAAGUGUUUGAUAAUGACACUCUAAAAUUACUUGAACAGAAUACAGCUCUGUUUUGUAUUGAUUUACUGUUGGUUGAAUUUGAAACUUUGUGGAGUAAAUUCUUGUUGAGGAUGGAAACUGUUCAGUAAUUGCUUCUUUCUCUUUGUACCAUCUCUUGAAAGAGUCAAAAAGCUUAUUAUAUGAAAACAUUAAUUCAAUCAAUGAUGUUUCAUUCACUUAUUUCCAAAUGUUUUAUUUUUGAAAUAUGUUUUUGUAAAGACUGUUUUUGAAAAGACUAUACCAAGCUCUUUGCAGAAAGGACUUUUUUGCAUGGAAAUGAAUUGAGACUUCAGGCACUUCACCAGGUGUCGAAUACGUUCCUGUGGUUUUUGUCCCAAUGGUAGUUAAUUACUAUAUAUGUUGUUAAUGUCAUUAUUCUUUGAAUGUAUGAUGUCUUAACUAUCUGGUUUGCAGUUGCUUUAAAUUGUAAAUAUACUGUAUAUCCAAUUAUUGUACUCUUAUUAUCACAAUUAUUAUAAUGCCUUUGGCUGAUUAUCUUAAUUCCAUUUUAUAAAUAAGAUACAUGUACUCACAAUUCAAUUUAGUACCUGGAAUAAACCUUAUUCAAACUCCA